UCCAGUUUGAAUACUCACUACUGCAUUUUAUUCGUCACUUUUCCUUUCUCAUGAUAACACCCACAACGAUGUCAAUGAAGAAUCCAGUUCGAUUAGGAUUGAUGAUGUUUAUGGUGUGUGUGGUGUCGCAGGUUGUUCACGGUGAACAGAAAAUCAGAUGCAUUCCAGAGGAGAGAGAAGCACUCCUCCAAUUCAGGGCUGCAAUCGUAGAUGAGUACGGCAUGCUCUCUUCGUGGACCACUCCUCACUGCUGCCAAUGGGAGGGGAUUCGCUGCACCAACCUCACCUCCCAUAUUAUAGGCCUCCACCUUCCCGCUGGGUUUCCUGACGAAUAUGAUUCUGAAUAUAAAUAUAUGAGGGGAGAGAUCCACAAGUCGUUGAUGGAGUUGCCACAAUUACAAUAUUUGAACCUCAGUUCUAAUUUAUUUGAAGACAGUCACAUCCCAGAGUUUCUUGGUUCUCUCAAAAACUUGAAAUACCUUGAUCUCUCUUCAUGUUAUUUUGGCGGAGAAAUUCCAAGUCAGUUCGGCUCUCUUUCUCAUUUGAAAUACUUAAAUCUUGCUAGUAAUUCUUUGAACGGUUCAAUCCCUCAUCAGCUUGGAAAUCUCUCCCAGUUACAGUGUCUUGAUCUUUCCUACAAUAAUUUUGAAGGAAAUAUACCAUCUCAACUUGGAAAUCUCUCCCAAUUGCAUGAGCUCUAUCUUGCAUCAGUAUAUGGGAUUAACUUAGCCCAUGAAGGUAAGUGGCUCUCAAAUCUCUUUUCUUUAACCCAUCUUGACUUGAGCUCUGUAUCAAAUCCUAAUCCUUCUCAUAGUUGGUUGAAAGAGAUUGCGAAGCUACCUAAACUAAGAGAACUAAGUUUAGUUGAUUGUAGCCUUUCCGAUCAUUUCAUUCUCUCAUCCACAUCUUUUAAGUUCAAUUUCUCUACUUCCCUCUCUGUCCUUGAUCUUUCUUGGAACACCUUCACGUCAACAAUGGUAUUUCAGUGGGUGUCAAACAUCACUUCCAACCUUGUUGAGCUUGAUCUUAGUUAUAACCUCUUGAAGGGUUCCAUAUCAAGUGAUUUUGUCAUGGUCAUGAAUUCGCUUAGGCACCUUGACCUCUCCUCUAAUUCUUUCAAGGACAAGGAUUUGAAAUCCCUCAUGAAUUCAUGCACCUUACAUUCUUUAAACAUGGCUGCAAACAAUUUGACUGAAGACCUCUCAUCCAUUCUCAGUAAUUUGUCCGGUGGUUGCGUUAGACACUCACUACAAGAAUUUGAUUUGUCACAAAAUCAAAUUACUGGCAAUUUGCUUAUGCUUUCAGGGUUUUCAUCUCUAAAAGAAUUGUUUCUCAAUCAAAAUAAUUUAAGUGGAGAGAUACCUCAAGACAUCAUGUUACCGCCUAACUUGGAGUCUCUCUCAAUUAUGGGAAACUCUUUUGAAGGUGGAAUCCCAAAAUCAUUUGGGAAUGCAUGUGCUUUGUGCUCAUUGGAUAUAUCUUAUAAUAGCUUGAGUAAAGAGUUUUCAAUGAUAAUUAAUAACUUAUCUGGAUGUGCUAGAAACUCAUUACAAGAGUUGAGUUUGAGAGGAAAUAAGAUCAAUGGUACCCUUCCUGACCUUUCAAUUUUUUUAACUCUAAAAGGAUUAGAUCUUAGUGAAAAUCAAUUAAAUGGAAAGGUAUCUGAAGGUAGCAAAUUGCCAUCUUCGUUGGAGUAUUUGUCUACCCAAUCCAAUAAAUUUGAAGGUGGAAUUCCAAAAUCAUUUGGAAAUGCAUGUGCUUUACGUUCACUGGAUAUGUCAAAUAAUAGCUUGAGUGAAGAGUUUCCAAAGAUAAUCCAUCAUUUGUCAGGAUGUGCUAGAUAUUCAUUGGAAGAAUUAAAUCUAAACAUGAAUCAAAUUAAUGGCACACUGCCUGACUUCUCCAUAUUCACUUCUUUAAAAAGAUUAUAUGUUGGUGAAAAUAUGCUAAAUGGAUGGAUUCCUAGAAAUAUUCAAUUUCCACCUCAGUUAGAGAUACUCGACAUUCAUUCAAAUUAUUUAGAAGGUGUGCUCACUGAUUACCAUUUUGCUAAUGUGUCUAAGUUACAGGAAUUGUAUUUAUUUGACAAUUCAUUGGCCUUGGUAUUUACCCAAAAUUGGGUCCCACCUUUUCAGCUGUUCUUUAUAAACUUGCGAUCUUGCAAGCUAGGUCCAACAUUUCCCAAAUGGCUCAAGACACAAAAUAAAUUUUAUUAUAUAGACAUUUCAAAUGCUUCAAUAUCAGAUGUUGUUCCAGAAUGGUUUUGGGCUAAUUUACAAUUACAAGAAAUGAUAAGUGUGGAUAUUUCAUACAACAAUUUACGAGGUAUAAUUCCUAAUUUUCCACCAAAGUAUCUUUUACACUAUGUGUCACUUGGAUCAAAUCAAUUUGAUGGUCCUAUUCCUCAAUUUCUACGAAAUUCUGGAGUCCUUGAUUUGUCAAAAAAUAAAUUCUCAAGUUCUAGUUUGUUUUUAUGUUUGAAUGGUACAAUUGAGACUUUGUACCAGUUAGACCUUUCAAAUAAUAGAUUAUCUGGACAAAUUCCAGAUUGUUGGAGUCAUUUCAAGUCAUUAACUUAUUUGGAUCUAAGUUACAAUAAUUUUUCAGGAAAAAUUCCUACUUCAAUGGGUUCACUUUUUGAUCUUCAAGCAUUGUUAUUGAGAAACAAUAACUUAACAAGUGGAAUUCCUUUGUCUUUGAGAAGUUGCACAAAACUAGUAAUGUUAGAUAUGGCAGAAAAUAAAUUAUCAGGAAUUUUUCCUGCUUGGAUUGGGAGUAGUUUAAAAAAGCUGCAAUUUUUAAGCUUAAGAAGUAAUAAUUUGUAUGGAACUUUACCAAUACAAAUUUGCUAUCUCAGAAACAUUCAACUAUUGGAUCUCUCAAUCAACUACUUAUUUGGGAAAAUUCCUAAAUGUAUAAAAAAUUUUGUUGCAAUGGCUAAAAAGACGUCUUCAGAAGGAUACCAUCAUUAUAGUUACCACAUAGGCAAACUUGGAGGCACUAAUUCGUAUGAGUUGAAUGAAAUCUUGAUGUGGAAAGGUUCAAAACAAAUGUUCAUGAACGAAGAGCUAUCUCUCUUAAAAAGCAUCGAUUUCUCAAGCAAUCACUUCUCCAAAGAAAUUCCCAUGGAAAUAGAGGAUUUAUUUGAAUUGGUUUCAUUGAAUUUAUCAAGAAACAAUUUAAUAGGAAAAAUUCCUUCAAAUAUUGGAAAACUGGCAUCACUUGAAUUUUUGGAUCUUUCAAGAAAUAAACUAGUUGGUUCAAUUCCUACUAGUCUUGCUCAAAUCAAUCGACUCACUAUGUUAGAUCUAUCACAUAACUAUCUAUCCGGAGAAAUUCCAAUUGGCACACAAUUGCAAAGUUUCAAUGCAUCGAGUUAUGAAAAUAAUCUCGAUCUUUGUGGACUACCACUUGAGAAAUUGUGUAUUAAACCGGCACAAGAUAAAAAUCUUAAAAUUCAUCAAGAUGAAUAUUCAUUUCUUAAUAAUGAUUUUCUCAUCAGUAUGGCAUUUGGAUUUGUGAUAAGCUUUUUGAUGGUAUUCUUCUCAAUUUUAUUCGAGCGUUCCUGGAGACAUGCCUAUUUCAAGUUCUUGAACAAAUUAGCGGACAAUAUUUAUGUCAAAGUAGCAGUCUUCCGUUAAUACUAAGGUGGAUAAGGGAGUCGUGAUAGUGGUGUUUGCUCCGUGUUUGUGCUUCUCCAAAGUUUUGUGUUGUCACUCUUCGUGAAGGACGGUCAAAGUCGGUUUGGUCACUACGAAUCCACCUUGUAAUACUCCCUACGUGUGACAGGGUUUUAGUUGCGCCUCCCUCACCGUUAUAGUGGCAACAAUGGUUUUUUGAGGUAGUCCUCCCUUCGUUAUGCUGGCAGUAUCGUUUAUGUGUGAUUUUCGAACCAUAAGACUAACUUGUAAGGUGAAAAUUAUAUUCACUUAUAUAUUUUAAAUUGGUCUUAUUUCUAGUUGA